CCCUGGCAACGUCACAAACUUCGUGCGAGUAUCACGAAAACACACGCUCAAACAGGCCGGCAGUGUUCUAUUCGUAGUGUUUUACAACCGUCCAAAUUGUGCAAGAACAAAAGUGUCCGGCGAUGUGAUUAAUUGCUUCUAGCUCGCUGCUGGCGCGACGUUCUCAAUCUCCAUAAUACAUGAAGCGAUGCACAAAUCGCCUGUUUAUACUACUUUAAACUUGGGUGUCCCACAAAUGAUUGUAUUUAAAUAGAUGCCGAUUCGCCACUGAGGAUUGUUGAUUUUGCAAGAACCAAGAAUUCAUCUGUUUCACCAUUGGGUGGUCCUGGCGAAAGCCUCGCCCCUUGUGGGCUAAUAUUAUGGGAUGUUCUGCUGGUAAGCAUAUGACCACAAGUCCAGAAGUCAGCUCCAGUUCCCACUCAGCAAAAGAGAAUGGUUGCUCAGUACAUACACCUGAUGUUCCAAGACACUCACUUGAAAGCAGUGCACUCAAAAACAGCAGAAAAGAUUCAUCUAAUAGUAUCACCUCAGUCAAAGAGCCUGAUAUUCCAGAACCCAAAAAUGACAGGUCCUCAGUAAUCAAGGAUAAGAAUCAGGAUGUAAUCCCUAGAAGAAAACCUACCCCAAUAAGGACAAAUGACAACCACUGUGCUGCCCCAAAGUCUGUUCCAAUCAGUCAAGUCAGAGUGCAAAUGACAAAGUCUCAACUGGAGUUUUUCAAAAUGCUUGAUCAAAAAAUUGCAGAGGGGCCAGACUAUGUUUCAGAAGCUGAAAGCUGACAUUACAUUGGAAAAUAAGUCUUGAACUAGUAAAUUCCUGAAAAAAAAAACAGUUAGAAGUUUACAAACUAGAUCCCAACAGUGGUGAUAAAUUCUGCAUUCCAUCAGCAUGUGGCACCAGCUUUUGCUUUGUGUGGAGGAUAUUUAUCAUACAAUCUUCUGGGUCAGUCUGUGGGCAUAUUUUCAAAGGUUGCUUAAAGCUGGACCCAUAAAAAAGAUGAUGUUAUAGUUCAAGGGUCAGAUGCAAGUCAUCCACACUGACUUGUAACAAUAUGAAAUGCCACCAAAUAAUAUUACCUAUGAAGGUUGAACUUAGCACUCAAAUAGACUGAAGCUAACAAGGGAACAGAUAUGUCAAUCAAUUGACUUUUUGGAACCGGUAGAAUGUUGAUGUAGUGGGAUUAAGAUUUAAGUUUCUCCACUCUGUAACAUGCCCCUACCCCCCCCCCCCCCCCCCCCCCAUCUCUCUUUUCUGCAACCGUUGUUGGUGGGCUUCGUUUUCCCUUACACUUCUCCGUCUGACAAAACCUUAUUUCAUGCGUAUGGAGUUAAUGUUCCCUCCUUCUCUCUCUAUGGUAAAGCAAGGAUGCUUUGAAUAGUUCCCGGACAAUGUCAGAGUUGUUUUAAAUGGUGUAUCAUUCUAUAUUGGUAUAGGCCAUUCGUUUGCUUUUCAAUCCUUACACAGUCAGUUCGCACAGACAACAAGUUUUGUAUUUAUAUAGUAUUUAAUACCUAAAUGUCUUGCUUUCAUGAGGCCUACAUAAUUUAAUUUGAAGUUAAUUGGUGUGGAAUUGAGUAUUUCCUUUGGGGACUACUAAUAUGUGACUGCGAACAAAGCCCGGGAAAAUGGCGGUCUUUAAAUUUAUGCUGUGCGACGGAAUAAAACUUAAAUGCAAGUCAAGUGUUCUGUGGACCUCCAGUGUGACCUGAUUAAAAAAGUACUGGGAGUAGCGAAAGGUUUAAUACCUAAUGACUCUUUGAAGAGCUAUCUGGUCAGAGAGUCUUUUCUGCUUGUCAUUGGGGAAAACACACAAGAUUAUAACAAGGGCAUCAACGUUCAAGUGUUUUAUAUAUCAAAAAAGUCAGUCUAAUGGAUAACAAAGAGAGUUCGAGGUAGCAAUUCACGAGAUUUGCUCCUCUUUGAAAACUACUCGAAAUACUAUUUCCGUAAAUAUUAAGUCACUUUCCGUGGCCACCUUUAAUGGCUGCAGCGAAGUAAUUUCGUCCACCAAGUUAAAAAUUUGUAAUUUUGGUUCUCGUAGGGUUCAAGUUGGGCGUGUUUGGUAGAAAGCGCCAAAAAAGGGUAGCGCGUUUAUAAACCGCAGCUGCGUACCGUCUAUGAUCAUAAUUUUUUAAGACUGACAUUUAAUUUAACUUAGCAUUUAAGGAAUUAGUGAAGUAGUUACAAUUUUUUGAUAGGUUUUCGGGAACUUAUCAAAAUUCUGGACGGGUUGGUUUUGAGGGCCUGGAAGAUCAAAUACUUGCCAGUACUCUUUGUUGUUACACACUAAAUAGUGUUUAUCUAUAGAAAAUGGUUAUGUAUCUUUGUAUAACGAUGAAUAUACCCACAGUAAUAAUUAUGUUUAAAAUGCUUAGUCGCAAACGUGGACGAGAGAGAAAAAUUCUUGAUGAGUUACUUCCAACUUUUAUCCACUGUAAUCAAAUUACAUGCAUAUUAGUUAAUAAUAAAUUUCUAGUUUAAAUAGAG